AUGCACGUUUUGUUUGAGUGUCAAGGGGUGAAGGUCUGCUGGAAUUCCUUGCUAUCUAAUAGUAACUACAGUGCUAACCAACCAUCAGCUUGGCAAUGGUUAAUCAUCAUGCACAAAGAUCAGCCCGCGGAUCGGUUUUUAGUUGCGUCGGUUCUUGCAUGGAAGAUCUGGGAAAGACGAAAUAAGAUGAUUAAAGCCGAUGAAGCCAUGAACCCUCACGACCUCGUGGGAUGGUGUUCGAACUAUCUUGCUGUUUUCAAGAAUGCACAACUUCGGCCAAGUCCUAAACUUCAAAUGGCCCAUCGAAGCGAUUGGGUUUCACCAUCACCGGGUGUUGUCAAGAUAAACAUAGAUGCAGCGAUUCCAAAUGGAGGAGAGAGCUUUACUGUUGGAGCUGUAGCAAGAAACGAGGAGGGAAUUUGCUUAGGAUGGAAAGUGGUGAAGAUUCAUGGGCAACUGAAACCAGUCGAGUGUGAAGCAAUGGCGGCUCUCAAAGCAUUAACUAUGGCACGUGACAAGGGAUGGCUUGAUGUUAUUAUCGAAGGUGAUUGUCUUCAAGUAAUCACAGCCCUACAAAAAGGAGAGAGAGACUUAUCAUCGUUCGGUACAUUGGUUGAAGAUUGUUUAUGGCUUGCUCAAAAUUUGUCUAGUUGUUCUUUUAGUUUUGUUAAGCGUAUGGGAAAUAAACUUGCCCAUGCUAUUUGCUCAUCUUUCAUAUACCGAUUCUAUAGAGGGAUCUGUGUUACUUCCCCAUUUGGCUAUCUAGCCUGCUAA